AUGACGGACGGUCUUCAAUUCAAUAAUAUCUUUCUUGGAGGCCGUGGAGGCACCAACCCUGGACACCUUAAGAUUUCUUCAGGGGGCAUUUUAUGGAAGAAACAAGGUGGUGGUAAGGCAGUUGAAGUUGAUAGAGCUGAUAUUGUUGGAGUGACAUGGAUGAAGGUCCCUAGGACAAAUCAACUCAGUGUUCUAAUUAAAGGUGGACCUUGGUACAAGUUUACUGGAUUUCGUGAUCAGGACUUAUCUACCUUGACCAAUUUUUUCCAAAGCCAUGGAAUAACACCAGAAGAGAAGCAGCUUUCUGUUAGUGGCCGUAACUGGGGAGAAGUUGACUUAAAUGGAAAUAUGCUUACAUUUUUGGUUGGUUCAAAGCAAGCAUUUGAGGUAUCUUUAGCAGACGUUUCACAAACACAGAUGCAAGGGAAAAAUGAUGUCAUCUUGGAGUUCCAUGUGGAUGAUACUACUGGAGCAAAUGAGAAAGAUUCAUUGAUGGAGCUAAGUUUUCACAUACCUAAUAACAAUACCCAAUAUAUUGGUGAUGAAAAUCGUCCUCCUGCUCAGGUUUUCCGUGACUUAAUUGUGCAAAAGGCAGAUGUUGGUGCUGGAGGUGAAGAAGCUGUUGUUACAUUUGAGGGCAUCGCAAUCCUCACACCAAGGGGUCGGUACAGUGUUGAACUUCAUCUGUCUUUCUUGCGGCUCCAAGGACAGGCUAAUGAUUUCAAAAUUCAGUACAGCAGUGUUGUCCGCCUCUUUUUGCUUCCAAAGUAUAACCAGCCACACACCUUUGUUGUUGUGACUCUUGAUCCACCUAUCCGUAAAGGGCAAACUCUGUAUCCACAUAUUGUGUUGCAGUUCGACACUGACUUUGUAGUUCAAAGCAACCUGUCAAUGAGUGAAGAUCUUCUGUACACAAAGUAUAAGGACAAGUUGGAAACAUCUUAUAAGGGACUUAUUCAUGAAGUGUUCACCACUAUAUUGCGUGGAUUGUCUGGUGCCAAAGUGACUAAACCAGGAAAAUUUCGUAGUUGUCAAGAUGGUUAUGCUGUGAAGUCAUCACUGAAAGCUGAAGAUGGAGUUCUGUACCCACUUGAAAAGAGCUUCUUCUUCUUACCCAAACCCCCAACCCUCAUUCUUCACGAGGAGAUUGACUAUGUGGAAUUUGAGAGGCAUGCUGCUGGUGGCUCAAACAUGCAUUACUUUGAUCUUCUUAUAAGACUUAAAACAGAACAAGAGCAUCUUUUCCGUAACAUCCAGAGGAAUGAAUAUCAUAAUCUUUUCGACUUCAUAAGUGGGAAGGGCUUGAAAAUUAUGAACCUGGGAGAUAUGCAGACCGCAAAAGGAGUGGCUGCCGUUCUUCAGAAUGAUGAUGAUGAUGCUGUUGAUCCACAUCUUGCACGCAUUAGAAAUGAAGCUGGUGACGAUGAGAGUGAUGAAGAGGAUGAAGAUUUUGUUGCUGGGAAGGAUGAUGGAGGUUCUCCUACUGAUGAUUCUGGAGAGGAAGAAUCUGAUGCCAGUGAAAGUGAUGAUGAGAAAGAGAACCCUGCGAAAAAGGAUUUUAAAAAGGAAGCUUCAUCUUCUAAGGCAACAACAAAGAGGAAAAGUAGAGAUGGAGAGGAAAGCCAAAAGAAGAGAAAACCGAAAAAGAAGAAGGAUCCUAAUGCACCAAAGAGGUCAAGAUCUGCUUACAUGUUCUUCUCGCAAAUGGAAAGGGAGAAUGUGAAGAAAAGUAACCCAGGAAUUGUGUUUGGGGAGAUUGCAAAAGCACUUGCAGACAAGUGGAAUGCUAUGUCAGCGGAGGAGAAAGAACCGUACGAAGAAAUGGCUCGAGAUGAUAAACAGCGGUAUAAAUCACAAGUCAGUGACUACAACAAGAACCCACAACCAAUGAUGGUAGACUCUGGAUACGAGUCUGACAGUUGA